CCCCUCUGGACCGGCAGCUUCUGUCCAUGACCGACGAGGAGUAUGUCAGCCAUGACUGGGAGGAUCUCAAAGGCAUCAUCGCCCGGAAUGAUCUCGGAGCUCUCAAGCGGAAACCAUCCGACCUAGCCCGAUAUCUGGCCUGGUCAAGCGAAACAAAGCGCCAAUUUGGUUCCAUCAUGAAUUUUAUCUGUCAGGUCCGCCUGCAGUGGCAUUUACCGGGGAACCCAAGCGCAAUCGCCGACAGCGGCGCCGUCUUGCCGUUCAAAAACCCGAUCCCCUUUGCCGAUCCCUCGGACUACAAGAUCCUACACAAUGACUGGCCCUACGGCAUGGCACCGGGUAUCACGCAUCUUGUUGUCUGGUCUCGCACCCCAAUCCCUGUGAAAGAGGAUGGUGAUGGCGAUAUGACAGAUGAAUCUCGCUCGUUGAUCGAGGGUUUUAUCCAGAGGACGUUUGUGAACCGUCUAGCAAAGGAGCCUGAGAUAUUCCAAGAUCCACAGGAGCAUGUCCUUUGGUUUAAGAACUGGACAGCUCUGCAAAGCGUGAGGGCCCUAGAUCAUGCUCACAUUUUGGUCAGAGAUGUGCCAAAUGAAAUCAUUUACGAGUGGACGGGCGAAAGUCCUCCCAAGAAUUGAUAUUAUGACUCUGGCCUCGGUCUUCAUGAUAUAUGAACUUGAUGAGCAUUACAUGGCUGGCAUAUUACUAUAUAGAUACUACUGCAUAGACCGAACUCUUGAAGACUAUUUUGCAUAAUGAAAUAAAAGAACCAUUUAUUCGGG